AUGUCCACCCCCAAGGAGCGACGCAUCACCAAGGAGUUGCAUGACAUUCGCAAUGACAAGGACAACUCUGGAGUAUUUGCUCAGCCGCUCGACGAGGCCAACUUGCUGCAUCUGAAGGGCUCCUUUCCCGCACCUCCCGAUACACCAUACGCCGGCGGCUUGUAUGAAGUCGACAUUAAGAUUCCCGACAGCUACCCCUUCAAAUCUCCCACCAUUAAGUUCAUCACCAAGAUCUGGCAUCCUAAUGUCAGCAGUCAAACCGGAGCCAUCUGUCUCGACACACUGGGCAGUGGUUGGUCCCCCGUGCAGACGAUAAAGACGGCGCUGCUUUCCCUCCGCAUGCUGCUCGAGUUUCCGAAUCCCAAGGAUCCCCAAGAUGCAGAGGUGGCCAAGAUGAUGCUGGAGAACCCCGAGGGGUUUGCGAAAAAGGCACACGAGUGGGCCGUUAAGCACGCUGGUGCACCGUCAAAGGAUUUUGACACAACAAAGUACAAGCAAGUUGCUUCCGAAGUAAAGCAAGAUGACGCAAACAGGUAUGCCGGCUACAAUAAGGAUCUUAUUGACCGCUUUGUCGGCAUGGGAUUCGAGCUCGAUGCUGUCGUUGAGGCCUUCACCUUUAUUGGAAUCGACCGCAAUGGUGGCAUGGACUAUGAGCUGGAGGAGGCGUACCUUGGCGACAUCACCGCCCACCUCCUCGGUGAGCAAUGA